AUGGAAAAUUCAUAGAUGAAGUGCUUAUCUUUAGAAUAAUUUGGCUAACCUUUGACUUUUAAACAAGUAGAUAUACCUCAACCAGGUUAAGGAGAGGUUUUGAUAUAAGUAGAAGCUUCCCCAAUUAACCCUUCUGAUUUGCUCUUCUUAAAUGGUAAAUAUGCUAAUUCAGGAUUCAUACCUCCUUGCAUUCCUGGAUUUGAAGGAUCUGGCGUUGUAAUUAAAAGCGGUGGAGGAGAAGAAGCUGAUAGUUUAUUAAAUAAAAGAGUCGCUUUCAUUUUCUGUAAAGGUGCUUAUGCCUAAUACACUGUAGCUAAUUCUCAGACUUGUUUGCUAAUUGAUGAUGAUGUCACAUUUAACUAAGCAGCUUCUUCAUUUGUUAAUCCUUUAACUGUCGUUGGUAUGCUAGAAGUUGUGAAAGAAGCUAAGGUAAAAACUGUAGUUCAUUCUGCCGCUGCAUCUGCAUUAGGAAGAAUGAUGGUCAGAUAUUUCAAAAAUAAUGGUGUUGAAGUUAUCAAUAUCGUAAGGAGACAAGAGUAAGUAGAAAUUCUUUAAAAAGAAGGAGCUACCAUCAUCCUCAACUAAAAUGAUUAAGAUUUCCUCCCUCAACUAAAGAAAAUAACAACUGAAUUAAAUGCUACUAUCUUCUUUGAUGCAAUAGCAGGAUCUUUCACUGGUGAAGUUCUUUCCUAAAUGCCAAAUAACUCUACAGCAUAUGUUUAUGGUCUUCUUUCUGGAGAAAAAUCCUCUGUUUCACCAGCUGAAUUAAUUUUUAGAAAUUAGUUUGUAAAAGGAUUUUUAUUAGGUACUUGGUUACAAUCAAUAACCCCUGAGUUGAAAAAAUAAUCUAUAGAAAAACUCCAGAAAUUAAUUAAGACUGAUUUAAAAUCAGAAAUAUCUAAAGAAUAUUCUCUUCAAGAUGGACAGUAAGCUAUUGAAUAUUAUUCUAAAAAUAUGUCUUAAGGAAAAGUCUUAAUUAAGCCACAAUAGUGA